UUCAAAAGUGUUCUCGCUGUCCGCGGGAUGGACGAUGACUUCCUGGCGGCGUGCCUCGAUGAACUGAACCACACCGACGAUUCUGUGGAGUAUGACCUUCCCGACGAAGACAUUGCGUCUCUAAUGGAGGUUUUGCACUCUUCGGACUCGGGACUUGACGACACGUCACUUGCAACAUCGAAGAAGAAGCGCAAUCGAAAGCGUGCUGCCCACGAGAUCAUUUACUUGCGUGACAAGGUUGUGGAGUACACGCGGCAGCUACGAGACUUGCAGAAUCGAUUGAUACCACAUACAGAAGAAUCGUUGUUGUGGCACGAACGUUCGUUGCGCCAAGCGAGUGCACGCAGAGCCGCCGAGGAUGAAAACCAAGCGUUGAAAGACAUGCUGCAACGCCAAGUUCAGCUCGCAGAAUCGCUCAUGAAGAUUGUGAGCAAACGACCCCGAGUGGCCGAAAUGACGUACUUGAACAAGUGGAAGCAGUCCCAGACGAUCGGAAUCGACCCCAUCGAGCGUCGAACGACGUUCCACGCCCUUCUUGACGCGCACUACAAUCGUCUGGAGAGUGUCUUCAUCGCCCAGCGCCUCUACGACUCGUCGUCCAGCGAACGUAUCAACAAGACCGAAGUCGCAUACGACGAUCAUUCGCGCGAAAUUGUGUUUGACUUCACCGCCAAAGAGACCGCGAACGUCGACUACCUCAUGUUCUCCAAUGCAAUCUGGGACGUCUACGGCUCGACUUACGAGACCCCUUUCGAAGUGUCGCAGCCAUUGGAAAGGUUUGGCGAGGAUGCAUGCAUGGUCAAGAUGGUGCUCAAGUUGAAGAAGUAUGAUCUAGACGUCCACCAGCACAUGGGUUGCAAGCGGUAUCUCGAGCACAAUCGUGUUGUGAUGGUGUUUGACUCGAUCUUGAACGACCAAGCGCACCCGUACCCUGCGAGUGUGUACGUCGCACGAGAGACCUCCUGGUUGACAAUCACCAAGAUGGGCAAGAACCGGUGCUCGAUGGUGUACUACUCACACGGCAAGCUGCCAUGCAAGUCGACUGAAGGACCAAACGAUGAAGCGAUUCACACGAUGGCGUUUGCAGAACACAUGAUGGACUGCUACAAGCGCAGCAUCGACAUGCUCGGCCAGUAUCUGCACGACCAACUCGACCUGUCGAAAACAAAUGACGACGAGAUGGAACGUCGUCUAGCGUAGUGCACUCCGCAUUGGCUACACGACCUGUCGUGUGCACUCGAUCAUGGCCGUGGAUUUGCGUGCCGUGAGCUGCUCGAGUCAGAAACGAGUAGUGGCGCGGGUAUGUAGUUGAUCACUUCAAAAAUGUCAUGCUGGCAGCAGAAUUCCAUCCUGUUGACGGCGACAAGGGUGCCGAGUAAUGCACACAAUUCACGACGUCGCUCUCUGUCCAUCACGAAACCUCCAACGACCUGAGCUCGACAGACUGAUCGCCAUGAUUCUCCUGU